AUGAAAACACCUUCAAUUAAAUCCGUAGAAAUAUCACUUUCGGAAAGCAUUGCUGACUCAAGCAAGAAACAAUAUGAUCCACAAGUUGAAGAGUAUUACCAUAAAGUAUACAGUUCAUGUAAUUAUGAAUGUUAUUCUGAAUUUGAUCCACAAUUUGAAUGGACUGAAGAUGAAGAAAAGAAAAUUGUCAAAAAGCUUGAUUAUAGAGUGGCAUAUGCUGCAUGUAUUAUGUUCAUUGGGUUAAAUAUAGAUAGAGGUAAUUUAGGGCAAGCAGUCACUGACAAUUUCUUAGAUGAUUUGGGUAUGACAACAAACAAUUACAACACUGGUAAUACUAUUUUUAAAGUUGCAUUUAUUCUCGCAGAAGUUCCCUCACAAUUGAUUUCAAAGGCACUUGGCCCUGAUGUAUUCAUUCCCUUUCAAAUAUGUGCAUGGAGUCUUGUUGCUAUGUCUCAAGUUGCUCUUACAGGCCCAAUAUCAUUCUAUGUUACUCGAGGUUUGAUAGGUAUGUUAGAAGGAGGUUUCAUAGCUGAUUUGGUAUUGUGGUUGAGUUAUUUCUUCACUAGUAAAGAGUUGCCAGUAAGAUUAUCUUGGUUCUGGGGAACCCUGGCCGCAAUGGGUAUUAUCACAUCUGUAUUGGCAUUUGGUAUUUUAAGAAUGAGAGGUAUUGCAGGUUUGGCUGGUUGGAGAUGGUUAUUCUUACUUGAAGGGUCUGUAACUUUUCUAAUUGGCCUUUCCUCGUUCUAUAUGAUGGUACCCUCAGCUGUACAAACCAAGAAUUGGUUACAUCCAAAAGGUUGGUUUUCCGAUCGUGAAGUUAAAAUUGUUGUCAAUCGUAUUCUUAGAGAUGAUCCUUCCAAAGGCAGUAUGCAUAAUCGUCAAGGCAUAUCUGCCAAAAUGUUAUUUGAGUCACUUAUAGAUUAUGAUCUUUGGCCGUUAUAUCUUAUAGGAGUUACAGCUUAUGUGGGUCUGGGAACAUUUGGUGCUUACUUUGGUUUGAUUAAUAGACGGUUAGGGUUUAACACUUUUGACACAAAUUUACUUAAUAUCCCUCACCAAGUUCUCCAUGUCGUCUUCUUAUUAUCAGUAACGUGGUUUUCUGAACGUGUUAAUGAAAAAUCAUUUGUCUGUAUGCUUGCUCCAUUAUAUGCACUUCCAUUAAUUUCAAUUAUAAGAUGGUGGCCAGGAGCUGGUAUAGAGGUAUGGCCAACCUGGACAUUGAAUACUUUAUACUUGAGUCAACCAUACAUUCAUGCUAUUUGUGUCGCUUGGGUUUCAAGAAAUUCCAAUUCGGUAAGAACCAGAUCUAUCGCUUCAGCAGUUUACAACAUGUUUGUUCAAUUAGGCGGGAUUAUAGGAUCAAAUAUCUACCGUGAAGAUGAUUUGCCAUUAUAUCACCGAGGUAAUACACAGAUAUUUUGGUUUACAUUUGCAUUGAUUCCAAUUUUGGCAUUUACCAAGUUGUACUACUAUUCGAGAAAUAAAUAUAAAGCAAGGGUGUGGAAUUCAAUGACCGAAGAAGAACGGGAAUCUUAUCGUAAAUAUAGUACGGAUGAAGGUGCUAAAAGAUUAGAUUUCUUCUUUGUUCACUAGUUUGUAUUAUUAUUUAGAAUUAGAGCAUCAUCUGUAUAUCAGCAUUAUAAACUACUUCAGCUAUAAACUUGCACAUCAUCUUUUAAUCCAAGUGAGGUAGCACAAACUAAUAAGAAUAUCUCGGCAGAAUUAAGCUGCAAUCCUAAGGUACAGGUCUGUUUUCUCAUUCUUGGAUAUCUCUAUGAAAUGACAAAUCAUUUAGCCGGUAAUCUGAAAGUGGAAAAUUGUUCGGCCGAAAAAGUCUAAAUAGGCAUUAGAAGUUACAUGAACCUGCUUUGAUGUAAUUUUAAACCUGUUUCAUCUUCUUCUAUACCCUAAAUUGAAUUAGACACAAUUUAGCAACUUAAGUAAUUCCAUCUUUAUUACUAAUAAAACAUGAAUUACUAAAACCCGACUCAAUCACCG